GUUCGGUGAGUGAUCCGCUCUUGUGACGUCAUCACCCUUGCACCGGAGCAGGAAGUGCCGGCGGUCGGUGGGACUCUAAACAACCUUCUGUUUUUGCUGCGCACUUUCAUGCUUUACCGAGCAAACAUGUAACGGUACAUCCUCCAGCCGAAGCAGAAUCCACCGAAUCAUACCCGAGCUCAAGCCCAUGACGGCCGGAACACUCUAGCGGCGGCGUUGAGACUCGUUUACCGGAGAGAUGAAGAAGGUGCGGGGCUGCGGCAUGCGGAGCGCCGUCGGGUUCCUCUCCCGCAGGACGGUCGUCGGACAGCCGCAGCUGAAGGAGGACUUCCAGCGGCGCAGACUGGCCGGCUGCUCCAGCCUCUAUAAGAAGGACAUGCUCGGCCACUUCGGCUGCGUCAACGCCAUCGAGUUCUCCAACAAUGGAGGCCAGUGGCUGGUGUCCGGUGGAGAUGACCGCAGGGUGUUGCUGUGGCACAUGGAGAAAGCAAUACACUCACGAGCCAAACCGAUCAAGUUGAAGGGGGAGCACCUGUCCAACAUCUUCUGCCUGGCAUUUGACAGCACCAACAAACGUGUUUUCUCAGGAGGAAAUGAUGAGCAGGUCAUUCUGCACGACGUAGAACGAGGCGAGACGCUCAAUGUCUUUUUGCAUGAUGAUGCUGUGUAUGGUCUGUCCGUCAGUCCCGUUAAUGAUAACGUCUUCGCCAGCUCCUCUGAUGAUGGCCGAGUUCUCAUAUGGGACACGAGAGAACCGCCACAUGGAGAACCGUUCUGCUUGGCCAACUACCCCUCAGCGUUCCACAGCGUGAUGUUUAACCCGGUAGAACCCCGUCUGCUGGCCACUGCAAACUCUAAAGAGGGAGUGGGACUGUGGGACAUCCGCAAACCCCGCAGUUCUCUGUUGCGGUAUGGAGGGAGUUUGUCUCUUCAGAGUGCCAUGAGCGUGCGUUUUAACAGCAUGGGAACGCAGCUGCUGGCUCUGCGCAGACGUCUGCCUCCUGUCCUGUACGAGCUCCACUCUCGUCUGCCCAGCUUCCAGUUUGAUAACCAGGGCUACUUCAACUCCUGUACUAUGAAGAGUUGCUGCUUUGCUGGAGACCAGGACCAGUACAUCUUGUCUGGCUCAGAUGAUUUUAACCUUUACAUGUGGAGAAUCCCCAGUGACCCUGAAGCAGGAGGUCCGGGUCGAGUGGUGAAUGGGGCUUUUAUGGUUCUGAAAGGUCAUCGGUCCAUUGUGAACCAGGUCCGCUUUAACCCUCACACGUACAUGAUCUGCUCCUCGGGGGUGGAGAAGGUCAUUAAGGUAUGGAGUCCAUAUCAGCAGCCAGAUAGUGUUGGUGAUCUGGAAGGCCUGGUGGAGGACAAGUCUCGCUCUCUCUACACUCAUGAGGAAUACAUAAGUCUGGUCCUCAACAGCGGAAGUGGCCUGUCACAUGAUUACGUCAGCCAAUCAGUGCAGGAAGACCCCCGGAUGAUGGCUUUCUUUGACUCGCUGGUUCGGCGUGAGAUUGAGGGGUGGAGCUCGGACUCAGACAGCGAUUUGAGCGAGGGCGCCAUUCUACAGCUGCAUGCAAGAGCUCGACGGUCCACACGCUCCACGCGAUCCACGCCACGAUCCCCUGCUAAUGUAUCCGCCGCUCAUCAGAGCGACUCUGACCACUCCUCUUCAUCCUCAUUGGCUGGACCGGAUGCGUCUGGGGGCGAGCAGACCAAUCAAGAUAGGAGCGUGUCGCAGAGGAGUCGAACGAGGCCUCGUGCAUCUGCGUUUCUGCUAGACCUUGUGAACGAGGAUUCAGAUUCUAGUGGUUUCUGGUUGGACCCGAUGCCCCGUCCCAGAUCUCCAAGUCCACGUGAGAACUCAAGCAUUUCUAGCCACGCCUCCUCAGCAGGCGUGGCCUCCAGUUCUAGUUCCUCCCCUAGCUCAUCUUCUAGCUCCUCCUCUAGCACUGACGGUGUGGAUGAGGACCUGCGCAGGAGCAGGAUGCGACAACGCAAUGCAGCCAGAUGGAGGCGCCAUAUGGGCAUUUCAGGAAGAGACUCAGCCCAAAAUCUUCACGGUGCAACAGAUUCCUCCAACUAUCCCAACAUUUCCAUCCAUGAUCAGUCAUCACCCUCUUCGUCCUCAGGCGACGAAGGUCGAUCUUUCAGGAAUCAUGGAAAAGAAAAACCAAGCGGACGCGGCUCAAGUCCCACGCACUUAUCGGACAGACAAACACGGUCCAGAUGUAGGCGCCGCUUCCCUUCCUCAAUCUCAGGUGGUGACGCUCCUGUGGAGAGGGCAAAAUCCCGAGUGGGCUUUCUCACAGAGUCUGGGGAGGAACCAGAGCAAGGGAGAACUAGCGGGGAAGAGUUAAGUGCUGUGGAGGAAAUAAAUGUGACACUCAGCAGUCGCACCACAGCAGCUGGGGUUAACGGACGUCCACAUGCAGAUGAGAACCGCACAGACUCUAUUCACCCAGAAUGCUCUGGGACAGAACUUAGUAAGAACUCUGGCGACUCCAGAAACCAGGGGGAGCCCUCUGGAAGGGAGAUCUCCAGUGGUGCUGGGAAACGGACUUGUUCAGACUCAGGAGAUGAGGAGGAUUCUCCAUCGGAGAAGAGGGCGAAAAAGUGGUGAUGUCACAGCACAACUCAUUGACUCAGAGUCAAACUUUUUUUGAGUUUUUUUAUUUUUGACGCUUUUGGUUUAUUCUUUUUUUAACCAACUUCCCCUUUUCUCUUUACCUGAUGUCAUGUAUUCUGGGGUCACACCACAGUGAUGACACUAAAAAAAAGAUAUUAGUGACAUUAAUAUGUUAUUGGAAGAAAAAAGUAACUGCAGUGCUUUUGGUUUUGUAAAAUUUUAGUUCUAUUGAACUUGUAACCUUUAUGAUGGGGGUUCCAGUUUUGUUUUGGGCUGUGAGAAGAAAAGGGAUUUGAGAGUUUUUCGAAAAGGAUGCCUGUUUUGAGGAACUGAGGUGGGAAGGUGAGGGGGGGGGGCGUUUGAAAAGCAGUGUUUUCAUGGUAACCUCAUUGAGCAGUAGCUCAAUGAGAGUUGUGCAUUAAAGUUCUGUUCCAGUGUUUUAAUAGAAACCCUC